AUGGCGGAGGAUGUGAUGGUGGUGCAAGGCGAAAGAUCCAAUGAUGGGGCAGUAGAGCAAUGUCGAAGGAGUUGUAGAAUUAUGAUGGUUGUUGCACUUGAAAAGGAAGCAUUUGAAGGUUUUGGAGAAGUAUUAAUGCCUGAAAAGAUUAAGAACAAGUUCCGCAGCUGCACCGCGUUGCAUAAAGGCACAAUGAGUCUCCUAAGCAUGUCUGGUAGACUUCCAGUCAUGGUGAUGUCGGAUUUGUGCAGGAUGAGCUCAGCUGAUAAAAAGGAUUGCCAGUUUGAUCAUGGGGGAUAUUUCAUAAUUAAGGGUGCUGAGAAGACAUUCAUUGCACAGGAGCAAAUAUGCCUCAGAAGACUUUCAAUAUCCAAAGACCCAACUUGGACAGUCACAUAUCUCUACAUAAAAUUAACCUCCAAAACCGAGAAAGUCUUGGGAGCCGACAAAAUACUCACGGUCUACUUUUACGUAACUGAAAUCCCAAUAUGGGUUCUCUUCUUUGCUCUGGGCGUCACAAAUGACAAGAAAAUAGUAAAAAUGAUUAAUAUCGGUACGGAAGAUUCUACCAUUGCUAACAUACUCAUCGCUUCUAUUUACGAGGCCGAUAUAAGGUUCGAAAGUUUUCGCAAAGAGGGAAAUGCCGUAAAGCACAUAAGCAAUCUCAUGAAGGGAUGUAAAUACCCACCCGAGGAGUCUGUGGAGCAAUGUAUACAAAAUUACUUCUUUCCCAACCUUUGCAGCCUUAAGCAGAAAGCUUCUUUUCUUGCAUAUAUGGUUAAAUACCUCUUGGAAGCUUACAGAGGGCUCCGUAAAACUGACAACAGAGAUGAUCUUAAGAAUAAGAGGUUAGAAUUGGCCGAAGAAGAGAAGGAUGAAGAAAUCGGUCGCGACCGAGCAAAGAGCACGAAGGCCAGUCCACCACUGCCGCAAAGUACGACUGACACCGGUUCAACAGAAACAACGACGGCAAACUCUGACGAUGAGAAGCUCGGCUUCUUCUCGGACUUGCUAUGGGUGAACGUUAUUGUCCCAACAAGAAACCCAAGUUCUCAAGGAUUUGAUGAUUAUCACAAUAUGAGCCUUUUAGUAAAUAUCAACAGGUUGGAGGGAGAGAUUCUUGCCACGACUUCCACUAUGGAGCAGCAACAUAAGAAAAUUACGGAUCGG